ACUUAGUUAACGCUCUUUACCAAUAAAAUAUAAACAAAGGCAGUUCACAAAAUGGCAGGCGCUGGACUGCGUAAGCUUCGGCUGGCCCUAGUUCAGUUGGCAGUGGGUGGAGAUAAAGCAGCUAACCUGACUCGAGCCGAAGGGCUGGUCAGAGAGGCUGCUCAGAAUGGAGCAAAUAUCAUCUCUCUACCGGAAUGUUUCAACUGCCCGUACGGUACCAGCUAUUUCCCUGAAUAUGCUGAGCCCAUUCCCGGACACACCACAAAUCAUCUCUCCAAGCUCGCCAAGGAGUGCAAGAUUUAUCUCAUUGGAGGAUCUAUACCAGAGAGAGAAAAUGACAAGAUUUAUAACACUUGUGCUGUGUUUGGGCCCAAAGGAGACCUGUUGGGAAAAUAUAGGAAAAUGCACCUGUUUGAUAUUGACAUCCCUGGAAAGAUAAAGUUCCAAGAGUCGGAAACUCUCACUGGAGGAAACAAGCCAUUUACCUUUGACACAGAGUGGUGCAAGAUUGGUAUUGGCAUAUGCUAUGAUAUUCGGUUUUCUGAGCUGGCUUCUAUCUAUGCACAGCAAGGUGCCAAGUUGCUGAUCUACCCUGGAGCCUUCAACACAGUCACAGGACCCAUGCACUGGGAGCUGCUCAUCAGAGCAAAUGCUGUACAGAACCAGCUGUACAUGGCGGCAGUGAGUCCAGCCCGGGAUGAUACUGCCAGCUACCAUGCUCAUGGACACAGUACACUCUCAGACCCAGCUGGUAAGGUGGUUGCCACCACAGAGGAGAAGGAGGCCAUUGUGUACGGGGAGGUUGAUCUGGACUAUCUGGACGAGUGCAGGGCUGGGAUACCAGUCACCAAGCAGAAGAGGCAUGAUGUGUACACCUCAGCUACUCAGAUUUAGUGACAACUGGAACUGAUGUAUAUUUUACCAUAGAUGGAUAGUUAUCAAUGAUUUUUAUGCUUUGUUUGUUAUUGAAUUUCGAUUUGUGAAA